AUAUACACAAACACACACAGAUACGCUUUUCUGUGCGAGUCUAUUUUGACAAACACGAGAGAAAGAAACAAAUACUGAACAAAAAAGGAAAGAAAGAAAAGAAAAUAUUGUAGAAAGAAACGAAGAGAGGAGGAAGUAAAGAAAAAAAAAGAAAAGCAGGCGGUGGGGGUAGCUUAGAUGAGACGUGAGACAAGGUGAGAGAGAGAUCAUACCUGAACAGCAAGGUAAAUGGGAGCGAGAUGGAAGCCAUGUGAGAAGAAAGAUUAUAGCUGGACAGGUGAGAGAGAGAGAGAGAGAGAGAGAGAGAGAGAGAGAGAGAGAUUGACAGAUAGAGAGUGAGAUAGAUAGAUAGAUAGAUAGAUAGAUAGAUAGAUAGCGAUAGACAAGGAGAAAGAGAUAGAUAGAUUGACAGAUAGAUAGAUAGAUAGAUAGGUAAGAAAGAGAGGGAGAGAGCCAUAAUACCUUAACAACCAGUUCGAGGGAGAGAAAGAGGUUGGGGUGUAAACCAGGUGAAAUGACAGAGUCUAGCUGGACAGGUGAGUGAGUGAGAGAGAGAGAGAAAGAGAUGAGAAGAAAGGAGAAAUAGGCAGAUUUAUAGAUAGAUAAUGAGAAAGAAAGAGACACCAUACCUGAACAGCCAGGUGAAAAAAGAGAGAGACAGGCAGACAGAUAGAAAGACAGGACGAAUCGUGAGAAGGCCAAGCUGAUAAGAAAUCUCAGAAAUGAUAUAGGAAAGAUAAGGGAAAAGAAUUAAAGAAAAAAGAAAGAAAAUAUGGUCAGAGGUAUUGCUUUUGUAAUUCUUCUAAGGUACACAAACACACACACUUACAUAAGUAUGUCCUCGUGCACAAAUGGAAGAGAACAUUACGGUGAAACUAGAAAAGCGGUUAAAUUUCUAAAGUUUACAGAUAAAUGAGAGAAGAUUUUAAAAAACAAUAUCGUCGGCAAUAAACAACAAGAAACAAUGAAAUAAUUUAACAAAAAACUAUAUAAAUUAAUAAAGGACUGAACCAGUGCGUGUGUUUAUUACCGGCAUAAUGCCUCUCCCAAGGUUUAAUUGAAUUUUUAAAAGGCUAUAAGAAAACUGUAACUUUAAGCAUGACAACACUAACGAAAUAUGUAUGGCCAUAACAUGAGACAGGAAUACAAACAGUGAAAAGUCUUUCGCCGGUAAUAUAUAUGUGUGCGUGUGUGUGUGUGUGUGUGUGUGUGUGUGCAAUUUGCAUGCGUGUACCAGAGUGUUGUUUGAUUUCCACGCUCCGAAAACAAACAAAAAAAUGACGGAAAAGGGUUUGUAACUCCACUUUGUAUCGAAACUACGACAGCAGCGGUAACACUAGCUACCAAAGCAAGAAUAAACGGCAGCAACAUCAGCAAAAAAAAAAAUGCAAUUAUUAACCAUAAAGACAACUGCAACAGCGAAACCAUUAUGAGCAACAGUUUGAAAACUUGUAGGACAACAACAAAGAAUAAUAAUAAUUUAAAAAAUGAUAAUAAUAAAAAGAACUGGCUGAAACAACGAAAAGUACAAAAGAUUAGCAACAGGCUGUAAACAAUCUUACGGAUCUCGGAUUAUAUUUUAACUAAGGGAGAUAAAAGUGGGGAGAAGUGAGAAAGGUUAAAAUGGGAGCAAAAAGUGAGUUUUGUCUCUUCCAUAUUGUCUCUCAUCUCUUUCUUUUUUUUCUUUCGUUCUUGCUUUAAUACCUUCUCUCUUUUCUUCUCACUUACGGAGCUGAGAAUGAUCUGCAAAACAAAAAGAUAAGCCCUUUCCAUUUCGGAGCUUAAUCAACUGAUUGCAAACCCCUACUAAUUUUUUGUUUAUAGUGUGGGUGAUCGUUCGUUUUCAUUCACAUUGUAAAUAACCCUUGAAAAGAAAAAAACACACAAAUACAUGGGCGUCGUAACAUUCCGUUUCUCUUCCGCCAAACGUUGACACCUGGUGCUUGUCUCGUUACUAUUUGAUACAAAAAAAAAGGUAACUUUAUUUAUAAAUAUAUAAUUUAAAUAAGAAAAGGAAGAAAAGGAAAAGCUAUUUCAAUACCUAACGAGAGCGAAUGAGAGACCUGCUGUUGAACUUAACACUCUCACUUCCACCCGUACUCUCACACUUCUCCUCACGCUCACCUUCAGCCUCUCACUUCGACUCAUCCUCUCUUUCACCCCUCUUACUUCCUCUUAUGCUCUCCUUUACCCUCUCACUCACACUCCCCCUCAAAUCAGCUGAGUUCGCAACACUCGAUACUAGUUAUUUUGAUUCUUGUUUAAACUAAAUAGACCGCUUAAAACUUCUUUACUCCACAGUAUUGGUCUUCUCGGGAGUGGCAUGAACAUUACGACAUCCUAUCUUUCCUAUUCUACUUCUUUCUUCCUCCCCACCAUUCAUUUCUUGUAACGUCUAAAAUAAUGUUCUAAAAACAGAGGAAAACAAGCCCAUUUAAACAGGAUUAAGUUGUAAACACCUACAAAAUAUUUCAAGUUUUUUCUGGUUUUAGUUUUUUUUCGCUGUUUAGCGAGAAUUUUUCCAUUUAUUUAUCAACCAUAUUGUUGUAAAGUUUACUUUCUUAAAUUCUUCCGGAGUAAAGAAAAUAAUUUCAAACAAGUCCUCAAACGCGACUGCUCCCUUUUCUUGUGUCUAUGUAGAAAAUUAUUAAUAAUAUUAUUAUUAUUGUAUAAAAGAAAAAAAAACACAACAGUAAUAACAGCAACAAAAUGGCCGAAUCCAGCAUUGGUCAAAAUGUGCGGACGUUGGAAGGCCAUGCGGCUAUGUCUAUGAAACGUACCGGACCGGACGACUUACGAUGGAUCGAAAUACAAAACACAACGUUCAAAAAUUGGGUGAAUGAACAGUUGCCGGACGAAAGUGCAGUCUCCGAUUUGGAAACGGGAUUAGCCAAUGGAAUCAAACUUAUUGCUCUUGUGGAAGCCUUACAAUCGAAACCUAUUGGACGAAAAAUCUGUAAGAAUCCUCUUAACCAACAUCAAUACCUGGAAAACUUAUCUAUAGCAUUGGAUGCCAUUCGGAAAGACAAAGUUAAACUUGUUAACAUCGGAGCUGAAGACAUAGUAGAAGGAAACCUCAAGUUGAUCCUCGGUUUAAUAUGGCAUUUAAUUCUUCGUUACCAAAUCGGAAAAACAAAAUUCCCACCGAAGAAAAUGAUGUUGAUUUGGUUACAAUAUGCUCUUCCAAAAUGUUCUAUCAAGAAUUUCAGCAGCAGCUGGAAUGACGGAGUGGCUUUGCAUGCUUUAAUAGAAUUUUGUCGCCCUGGGACUUGCCCAAACUGGGAAAAACUUGAUCCCAAUAAAAAGUUGGAGAAUUGUACAAAUGCCAUGAAUAUUGCAAAAGACAUAUUUGAUAUCCCACUUGUUGUCAGACCAGAAGAUUUGGCCAGUCCUCACCUGGACGAACUCUCAGGAAUGACAUACCUUUCCUACUACAUGAAGCAGGAUUCACCUGGAUACUACGCAACACUGGACAGAGUUAAAAAAUUGCUACACAAGAACGAUAUUCAUAAUUUCACGACUGACUGGAAUGAUGGUCAGCUGGUCUGUGAAAUGGUGAAUGCAACAGGAGGGAAUAUAACUAACACGAAUGGAACAUAUGAAGAAGUCCUUACCAAAGGUUUGAAUGCUGGGAAGCUGAUGAGUAUCCAGCCUACCAUAUCUGCAAAGGAAAUGGCACAAGAAAAAGAAGAACAUCUUGGAAUUAUGGCUUAUGCUGUUAAAUACUUAGACAAAGUUCCAACAGUGCCAGAAUCUGAGAAAGUGACAUUGACUGCCCAACUGGACAAGGUCCAUGUAGGAAAUGAGACAAAAUGUAAAUUAGCCAUCCUGGAUCAAAGCGUCAAUUUGAAAGAUGUCAAGGUGGAAGUCAAUGGUCCCAAUUCUCAGUUACCUGUCCAAAUGAACUGGUCAGGACAAACAGCGGAAGUGAAUUUCACCCCUAAAGAAAUUGGGAAACACAAGGUAAUAGUCUUUUUUAUUCUUUUACUUAAACUGCAGCCAAAUCUUCCUCAAAUUACACACCCUACUGACAACAACAAAAAUUAUAAUAAAAAAAGUUAUUUGUUGUUAAUAUACAUUUCUUUACCGCCAUUGUUGACGUUCCUUUUUGUUCUUUUAGGUGACUGGAAGAUUUCUGUCCUCUACGAUGAAGACCAUAUCAGUGGCAGCCCUUUCAAUAUCAAUGUCUUUGACCCUUCUCAAGUGGAGAUAUAUGGCCUGGAAGGUGGCACUGUUGGAAAAGAACUUAGUUUUAAAGCUGAUUACUCUCGUGCUGGCAAAGGGGAUUUUGAUUGUUCCAUAACUCAUGAUGGUCACCAGGUCCCAAUUCAUUCAACUUCAAUCGGAAAUGCUAAACAGGAAGUAAAAUUUGUCCCCCAGGGGGCAGGAGUAUACAAAAUACAAGGCUUGUUCAACAAUGUCGAAAUAAAAGGUUCUCCGUAUACUUUGGAAAUAGUUGAUUCCAACAUGGUCAGUGUAAGUGGCGCUGGUCUGGAACUUGUUCCCAUCAACAAGACAGCCUCCUUCAGCAUUCUGACUAAAGGGGCAGGAGGUGGGGAGGUAAAAGUAAAUAUUAGUUCGCCAUCAAAAUUAAAGGUACCUAUGACUUUGAAGCAACCAGAAAGUGGCCGCCAUGCUGCUCAGUUUAUUCCAAAACAAACAGGUGACUAUAUCGUAAAUGUGACCAACCAGGCUGGCCAUGUAAAAGGUAGCCCAUUUAUUUGUAAAGCUUAUGAUGCCAGCAAGGUUAAAGUAAGAAACAUGCCACCAUUUUGUAAACCAGACAAGUUAGUCGAAUUCAAAAUUGAUGCUUCCGAAGCUGGUCAAGGAAAUCUAGAGAUUGAACUCAAUGGCAAACGUGAUGAUUGUAAUAUACGAAAUCUUGGAAAUCAAAUUUUUGCAGCUUCUUUCAAACCAGCCAAUCAGCCAAUUCAAAAAGUCAAGAUGUUCUUCAAUAAGGAACAUGUUGAAGGAAGUCCUUGGAAAAUUGAGACAAUAAAGCCUGACAGCUUUACUGUCCAAGAAGCAAGCAAUAAGUUAAUUCAUGUAAAUGAACCAGCAACGUGUACUUUUCUGGGACCCAAAUCACAUCUCCCUGAUGUAGACAUUAAAGUUCACAAUUCAAAAAUGACUUUGGUGCCAUACAAAAUAAUCACUAAAAUAGAUAAAAGUGAAACAAUUCAGUUCACUCCAGUUUCUGCUGGUACAUAUAAAGCUGAAUUCAAUUUCCAAGGAAUAAAACUAAAAAAUUCCCCACAGAUUUUCAAAGUGUACAAUCCAUCAGCUAUCAUACUAUCAGAGAUACCAAAAUUAUCUGCAGUGGGUAACAAAGAAGAAUUUACAAUUGAUGUUUCCAAGAGUGGAGAUGGUAAACUAAAAAUAAAGCUCAACAAGGGAGAACUUGAGAAUAAAGUCACCACCAUUUCUAACAGUUUGUAUGGUGUCAGUUUUGUGCCAAAAAAACCAGGGCCAGUGGAAAUUGACCUCACCUUCAAUGAUAGACCAAUUAAAGAUUCCCCUUACUUUUGCAAUGUUAUGGAUGCCAGUGAGAUUGAAGUACAUGAUCUAGAUCAUGUUGUGAAGUGUGACACACUAUCAACAUUCAAAGUGCAAACCACAAAUAAUGUUAACACCAACAAACAUAUUGAGGUUACAGCCACUUCACCAUCUGGUAGAAAUAUACCAUCCCAAUUAACAGGAUCACCUCAACUUGGAUUCCAAGUUGAGUAUACUCCAACAGAAGUUGGGGAACAUGAAGUCAGUGUCACAUACGGUGGCAACCCUAUCAAAAACAGUCCAUUCCAAGUGAAGUGCUAUGAUGCAAGUCUUGUAAAAGUCUCUGAAAUUCCUCAAGGAAUUGUUGGUGUACCCUGUAAAUUUACAGUGGACACUGCGUCUGCUGGGGAGGGUAAUUUACAGGUGGACGUCUUUGCCGGAGGGAAACCGGUCCCUUACCACGUGAACUAUUUGAAUCCAAAUCGAUAUGAAGUCACCAUCCUUGCACAGCAGGCUACAAGGCAUCAAGUACAUCUCAAGUUCAAUUCUGAUCGCAUUCCUGGUAGCCCUUAUAUCAUUGAUUACUUGGACACAGCAGAUAUUUCAGCCAGCGGAGAAGGACUGGGCAUGGUCUGCUGUCAACAGUCUGCUCUCUUCACUGUCGAUGCCAAAGGGGCUUCUUUAUCUGACCUUACCAUUGAGAUAACAGCUCCUGAUGGGAAAGAACUGCCAGUGAAACUGAAGAACAAGGGUGAUCACAUUUAUCAAGCAGAAUGGACUCCCGUAGUUGUUGGGGACCACAAAAUACAAGUUGCUUAUGCAAGUAGCCCCAUAAAAAACAGUCCUUUCACUGCCAAAGCGUAUGAUGCUGGUAUGGUUACGGUGAAUCCUGCAACAAAAGGAAAUCUUGGCAAACCAGUAGAAUUUAUGCUGGAUGCCAGUAAAGCAGGAAUUGGUAAUGUGGAAAUUUUUGUGUCAGUAAAUGGAGAAACUGUACCAAACUAUUUUAAGCAAGAAACAAAAGAUUCUUGCUUCAGAAUAUCUUUUACACCACAAGAACCGUCCAAACAUUUGGUCCAUAUCAAAUUCAAUGGAGAUUCAGUUCCAGGAAGUCCUUUCCCAGUCAGGAUCCUAAACAGUGACCGUAUCCAUGUUUCUGGACAAGCCCUCGAGUUGGCAUCAGCCAAUACCCUUUCCAGUUUUAAGAUCGAUCCUAAAGGUGCCGGGGAAGGAGAUGUUACUGUCAGCAUUACAGGACCAAGUGGUAAACAAGUCCCAGCCAGAGUAUCCGGUAGCCCCACUUCAGUUUACCGAGUGGAUUUUACUCCAACAGAAAUAGGUAAACACACAAUCACAGUAUGCUACGAUGAUGUUGAGAUAAAAGGUAGCCCUUUCUAUUGCAAUGUCUUUGAUGCCAAUUUAUCAAUCGUGAAAGGAUCUUCCAGAGCCUAUUUGAACAGAAGUAUAACCAUUCUUGUUGAUACAUCUCCUUCGGGUGAUGGUCACUUAGAAGCUGAGGUCAAAUGCAAAGGGACUUUGGUGCGCAGUAAUGUCCAAGAUUUAGGGGCAGGCAAAUAUGAGGUAACCUUCACCCCCCGUGAAGCAUCUACCCACAUGGUCACACUGUUGUUUAAUGGGUACCCUUUACCAGGUUCUCCUCUUCGUACGGAUGUCUUGGAUUCCAGCAGCGUAUCUGCAAGUGGUGAAGGUUUGAAAACAGCUCAAGUGUUUCGAUCAACAGGUUUUGACGUUAACACCAAUGGUGGACAAGAAGACCUCGAUGUUACAAUUACAAGCCCAACAAGAACACAAUUGCCAUUCAGCAAGGUGCAACGAGGCAGUGUCUGUCAUAUUGACUUUACCCCUCGAGAAGUUGGUACUUAUACAAUUGAAGCAUUGAUUGCAGGAACCCCCAUUUCAGGAAGUCCUUUUUAUUGCCAUGUAUUUGAUCCUAACCUUGUACGCAUCACUGAUGUUGACCGGAACGGCAAGGUCCAGAGAGAGAUUUACUACACAGUGGAUGCUUCGGGAGCUGGUGAUGGAAACUUGGAAACAGCUGUCACUCAUUAUGGACGAACACUUCUCACUAAAAGAGAAAAUCUUCCAAACAAUAAUUACCGUUUCUCGUUUGUGCCAGAAGACUCAGGACAAUAUGAAGUUGAUGUUCAAUUCAAUAAUGAAAAAAUUCCAGGUUGUCCAGUCAUUGUAAUGGUUGAAGACGAAAUGCCAACCUUCAUCACUAUAAAUUUCCGUGGAAUUCGAAUGAUAAAUGCCAUGGACCUCAACUGGUUCCUUAUAGAACUGAAUGGAGAGAAAAUCGACAUGAGCCUUUUACAGAUAUUAAUUCGAGCUCCCAAUGGUGAAUCAAUACCAGCAAAGCUAAUUCCACAACAUGAUGGAGACUAUAAGGUGGAGUGGACACCGACUGUCGCAGGUCGUUAUGGUAUUGACAUCUUGUACGGCAAUAAGCAAAUUGAUGGCAGUCCAUUCACGGUGGAUGUCUUCGAUAUUAAUAAAAUACGUGUCAAAGAAUUAUAUUCAACUGCAGUCAAUGAACCAGCAGGAUUCACUGUGGACUUUUCUGAAGCAGGAAGAGCUGAACAUUCCAUCACAAUAGUUAACCCAGCAGGAAAGACAAUUCCUUUUGAAUUAAAAGAGAACAAUGCUAAGAAUGAAAUCUCUUAUAUUCCAACCACUCCUGGAGGUCACAACAUCUUCAUAAACUAUGGUGGAAUUGAAGUACCAGCGAUAAGCUGGGGUGUGAUAUCUAACACCAAAAUGGGUCGCAAGCUCAGGAAUUCUGUUGUAUCCUUUGAAAUAACAAUGUUGGGACAAUCAGACAUCUUCUUCAGCAUGGAAGGUGAUUUUGAAUCACAGAAACAUUCAGAACAAAAUAUAUUCAAUUUUGAUUUCUCCCAGAAAUCAAAUCCUUUCAAAAGUUCAUCUCCCCCCUUGUCACCAGAUAAUGAACUGCCACAUGCUGUCAUUGGAAAAUAUGGAAUACUCACAGAUUCAGAGCAUAUACAUGAUAAAUUAUACAAAGAACUCACUGAAUAUCUGAAAAAGAGAAAACUUGAGUCAACUAGUUUCCACAAUAUUCCACACGAAAUUGAAAAGGAAAAUGAUUCUCUAAUGACUAGAAGACUUUCUAAGUCACUGGACAAUAUGGCUGAUAUUACAGCUAUUCGGAAAAUUCUGGAGAAAACAAUGCAAAAACGGUUAAAUCAGAAUGCUGUUUCAAACCAAGAUGAAGUUGAUGCCUUAAGAACAAUUGACAGCGUUUUGGAAGAAGAAGAAAAAAAGGAUUUACUUAUAAUGUCGCCUAUACGCUUGACAAACACUAAAUCUAUAUCAAGAAACAAUUCAACCAAUGAGAGAAUGAGUUCCACAAGUUCUUCAUCAGAUGAAUCUGAGACAUCUCCAAAAUCAAAACAAGGAUUGGUUAUAUCUCAGACUGCAAGAUUGAAUUCAUUUCUCGAGGAUGCUAAAACGGAGCAAAUGAAGCAUAAAUUUUACCAAAAUAAAAAUUCAAAGUUCUUCCAGAAAGAUUAUCCAGAAAAAUCAAAGGCAUACACUAACAAAUUAAAAUCACAAAUUCCUCACAGUAGUAGCAGUAGUAGCACCACCAGCAGCUCAACCCAAACAUCGGAUGAGUUUGAUUCCGUGAGGAAAACAGAAAGGAGAAAUGCAAAUAUGUUUCAAAAGUCCCCAUCUUUUGAGGAACAAAGACAAAAGAAGUUAAUUGCCAAUAAAGAAUUUUUUGUCAACAAUAAAUUCAUUGCCAGGCACCAAAAGAAUGAUUUUCACGUUUCGAAUGGUCAACAGGAUUUUCAGAAUUUUCGAAACAGAUAUUCGCAGAACACCAAGUUAUUGCCAUCGUCACAUUCGGAAAUUUAUUUAAAACAUAGUCACAAAAACAAGCACUAUCAGCCAGCAAAUUACAUUAUUGGACGGUCUAAAUCUUUCACACAUGAAGACCGAGUCCAGCAUGUGCCUGUAGUGUGGCACAGUUCUUCUUCUAGCAGUCCUAAACCCUGGAUGGCAUCUGAAGAAAAUCUUAGUGCAAGUGCUAAUAAUAUUAAACUGAUAGUAAAAAACUGCCAUGUAGAUAAAAGUAAUCCAAGUAGAAUAUUCAUGGGAACACCGAUUAUACAAAAAGUAGGAGAUGGUGCCCUGCCAACAGCUCGUGGUGACGGACUUCAUAAAGGGGAAGUAAAUAAGCCAGCCACUUUCGUUGUUGAUUCUUCAGGCUUGAGAGGAGAUUUAUUUGUACAAGUUGAUGGACCGAAUUCUAUUGCCAAAUGUAACAUUCACCAUGAGAGCAAUGGUACCUACACGGUAACUUAUGUUCCAGUUGAAACUGGAUUUUAUGAUAUCCUUGUCAAGUGGAACGAUCGAGAAAUACAAGGAAGUCCUUUCCACCCCUAUAUUGUUGAUCCUCGUAAAGUCAAUGUAACUGGAGGUUGGCAGCGUUUCAUGGAUCCCAAUGACCGUGUCCAUCUCGUUGUUAACGAGGAAAAGAGAAUUCCUUUUGAUGUUUCUGAAGCAGGGCCAGGUAAACUGACAGCAGAGGUAAAGGGCCCACACAACUCUAAGGUACCUAUUCAAAUAGACACAAGCAGUGAUGGUAAAAACACCCUGGUCUUCACCCCAAAGGCUGAAGGUGAUCAUCAUAUCAACGUUUAUUGGUCUGACCAUCCAUUGGUUGGUGCACCAUUCCUUGGUUAUGCUGUACCAAAACAGGUUGCCCAAGUACCUGACGCAUCGAAGAUUGUGCUUGCUGGUAAAGGCCUCAAAGAAGCAGUAGUCCGGGAAGAAGCAGAAUUUCGUAUUGAUGGCUCCAAAGCAGGCCCAGGUAAACCCGUGGUUAACCUUACAGGAGUACGCACAGACAUUGAUGUUGACGUUAUACCCCUGGGAAACAAUUGCUACCGUUGCAAAUACAUGCCCAUAAUUCCUGGCGCUUACCUUUUGAAUAUCACUUGGAAUGACAGGCAGCUGAAGGGUUCUCCCUAUAAGGUCACUAUCAUAGCAGCACCACAACCUCAAAAAGUAAUGGUCACAGGAGAAGGUCUUAAAGGAGGAAUAAUGGGAAAAGACCUACAGUUGAACAUCGACACACGAAAAGCUGGACUGGGCGAAUUGACGGCUGACUGCGUUGGCCCAAACGUUGUAGCAUAUUGCGAGCUUGUUGACAACCAUGAUGGAAUCUACAAGCUAACAGUACGACCACAGGAAGCAGGUAGACAUGUUUUACGGAUCAGGUAUGGAGGUGAUCAUAUAUUAGGUAGUCCAUAUGUUUUGAAAAUUGGUUCUCUUCCUGAUGCUAGCAAAGUUCGUGUCAGUGGGCCUGGCGUUGAACAUGGUAUCUUAGCAACAUAUCAAAGCAAGUUCUUGGUGGAGACACGUGGGGCCGGAGCUGGACAGUUAAGUGUACGCAUCAAAGGACCAAAAGGUGCUUUCCAAGUAGAGAUGUAUCGAGACAACCAGAAAGACCGCAAUAUCAUAUGUUGUUACAACCCUUAUGAGACAGGCCUUUAUAUUAUCCAAAUUAAAUGGUCUGGAGUAGAUGUACCAGGCAGUCCAUUCCAGGUUCAUAUUGUAGACACCCAACAGGAAUAUGAGACAACCAUGCAAAGUACAGCAGCCUAUCAACAGAAUGGUUACGGAUUCCCAUAGUCACCUUCACCGAGGGAUUAAUAUUUAACAACUUUCAACUAUAUUAUGUAUAUGAAUAUAUAUAUAUUUAUCGCAUAAGAAUAUCAAUACUCAAUACUAAUACAAUUUAUAAAUAGUAAAAAAAAAUCAACUAACAAAAAAUUUAAUAUAAUUCCCCCCCUCCCGUAUUUUAUCUACGAAACUAAUUAUUAUAAUUUUGGCAUAAAACCAGUAGUUCUGGGGAUAAGGGUGUCAGUUAAUUAACCUCCAGUACGUGACAGGUAUUUAUUCUAUUGACCCUGAAAUAAUGGAAGGCAAAGUCAAAAUUGCUGGAAUGAGCCAGAACAAACAGCACAAAGCCUUUUUUCUUUUUUACUCUGUGCUGCAGUAUUUCUUGCAACUAAUACUCUGAGUUCAAAUUCCAACAAAGUCAACUUCAUUUGUCAUCCUUUCAGGGUCGAUAAAAUAUAGAUCAAUCAAGUAGUAGGGUGAUGUAAUCAACUGGCCCUCCACCCACCGUCUCCUCAAAAUUGCUGGCCUUGUGCCAAAAUAUGACAACAAUUUUUAUUAUAAAUAAAAGAAAUCAUUAUCGUUAGGGUGGAAGAGGGUAGAAUGAGUAGAAAACUGAUGAGUUUUCCCACAGGCCCCAGGAUAUUGAAAGGUCUGUCACCUUAACAUGUUCACGCACCAUCAGUACUACUUUUGCAGACCACCAGGGGUCCACGGACCACAGGUUGGGAACCACUGGUCUAGAUAAUUUGGUGGUUUGCUGAAAUUCAUUUGUCUGAGGUAGAAGCAAGGAUGAUCAAUAAUAAUAAUAAACAAAUGUGUACUGGGGUUUUAUACAUCAGUUAUAUAAACCUAAACCCAGAAAAUCUGUAGCCAGGUACCUAUGCAAGAAAUUAUUAUUAGGCAAUGAGCAUACCAGGCAAAAUGCAUAGUGAUAUUUCAUCUGUUGCUAUAUUCUGAGUUCAAAUUCCACUGAGGUCGACUUUGCCUUUCAUCCUUUCGGUCUCGAAUUAAGUAGCAGUCAAGUAUGGAGGCCAAUGUGAUCGAUUGUCCCCCUCCAAAAAAUCCAGGCCUUGUGCCUAUAUUAGAGAGGAUUAUUAUUAUUACCAUCAAUGUUAUUUGUUAAUGAAGUUAGUUGAGGCAACGGAGUGCCAAACUUGUUGAAUGCAGUGCAGUACUUAGCUCGUAUCAACUGCCAUGUUCAAAUCUCAUUAACUUUUCAUUCUACAAGGGUCAAUAAAACAAAGAAAAAUUAAUGAUCUAUUGAUUCAAUGCAAUCAAAAAUCACUCCAUUCCCCCCACCACUGUCCUACUGUCCACUUUUAAAUUCUCCAUCCCAUGUUCAAAUCCCACUGAUGUUAUCUUUUAGCUUUCAAUUACCAGUCAAGUACUGUGGGGGAUAGGGUCAACUUAACCCUACCUCUUCUUCAGUAAUUUGUGACCUUAUUCUAUUUACGAAAGUACAUGAUCUGUAUAUUUUACCAUUUUUUUUUUUUUUUUUAAUACAUUUGAAUAUAAGACUGCUGCCCUCCACAACUUCACAUAAAUGUGGCAUGGAGAGAAAUCCCCAUAGAUAACCAAUUAUAAGAGUGCCAGACUAAAAACUUACAUGGGAUUUAGUUUAACAUUCCAUGUUCAACAUCCCUGGGAUGUUGGCUCACCAAAUGACUGGGAUUUCUUUUUUUUAAUGCAGGGAGUAUACUGGAAAAUACAGUGUGUGUGUGUGUGUGUGUGUAUAUAUAUAAAAAUAUACAUUACCCUCCGAGUCUGCCCUGGUCAAACAGAUUCCACCCAUGGCCAUCUCAUCUUCUUGUCUGUUUUUUUAUAGUAAGGUGUAAUAUGAGAAAGAUUGGGCUGUUAUUUCUAGAAAACAGUGGCUCCCUCAUUGGGUUGGCUCAUCAUUAUUGAGGGAAUCUUGAACAGCAAGGUGCAAUACGAGGGAGAUUUGGCUGCUACUUCUAGAACAUGCAGGCUCUCUCAUUGGGUUGGCGUACCAUUUAUUGGGGAGGGAGAGUAUUAUAAAAGCUACAAAUCAUUUUGGCUAAAUCCCAGCAUUCCUUUAGUUUCUGGCUCUCUAAUCCCACUAAUAAUAAUCAAUUAAACAUACCCUUCAACAAUAAUUAUAAUUUUGAUAAAUUUAUAAAUUAAAACUUAUGAUGUAUUUUAUAUGAAAUACAUAUUGUUGAAAUAAAAAACAAAAACACAAUUAAAAUGUAA